AUGAACCGAGCAAGGGAUCACCCAACGAAUGGACGAGCUCCAAAGAAGCGACACAUGGCUUCGAUCGUGAUAUUCCUUAGAGCAUUGAUGAGUUGCCGUCUUACGCCCAAAGACGAGCCCGAGACCGCUUCAUUGCCCGAGAAACCUUACCGAAACGUUCCCGGAGACGAAAAUACGACGAGGAAGAGAAUCGCGGUGGUUGAUGUAUCGCGUCGUGGCGAUAAUCACGAAUUUAUCAUCGAAACUAUGCGUGGGAUCAACGAUAUGGAUGAAGGUUUUUACUGGAUUAUCGUCAAGAAUCACUUGAUGUGA